UAGACCCUAAAAAGUGGUUCAAGAUUCAUUCACAGUACAAUGGUUUUGGAUGAUGCCACCCAUUCCUAGCCUGACUCCACCUUUCAUGUUCAAUAGUCCCUUCUUGGUCCCAUAUGUACCCCUUUUGUCACUCUCUCAUUUGUUAAAUUUUCCACUUUUUGCCGACAUGGGUUGUGUUGUCGUAGUAGAUUGUCCCAUCCUUAAUUAGAAGUUUCGAGUUCUAUUCAAUGGGUAUAUGGAAAAAAAUUCUAUUUGAAAAGCGACUCCAAAAUGGGCUCUGUGAUAUGGAUAAGUCGAGGCUUCAAUAAAAACACCAAAACACCAUAUGAAAAAAAAAAACUUUUCCACUUCUCUCAUUAUAUUAGGAUGAGUACCAUUUAGGUAAAAUACCCUCUCCCAACUUUAUUAUUUAUAAUCAAGGAGGAAUAGCAAAGUGAGAUUCAUUCAUUUCAUCCUUUAUUUGAGCUGUUUUAAAACUUCUUCCUCUUCCUUACAAAGGAAAAAAAAUGGGAUUUCUUCCAUGUUCUUUGCUUUGUCAAGCAAAGAAAAAACCAUUAGAUUCUUCUGAUCAAACUCAGUCUAGACAUCUUUCCUCAAAUUCUUCAUCAUCAUUUAUAUCAUUAUCCUCGAGAUCAUUAUCAUUAUCAUCUAGGUCAUUUUCUUCACAGCCAAGUUUACCAUCAAUUCCUUCUCUUUCUAUAUCAUCCUCUCAAGUUGAACAUCUCUCAAACACCUUCCACCACUGCUUAGCCACACUAACAGGCCAUUCUUCCUACAUAUUUUGCCUAUCCAUCGCGGAAAAACACCUCUAUUAUGGCUCUUCCAAUGGAGAAAUCCUUGUAUGUGACAUAAACUUUUCAAAACAGGACAAUUGUUUAAAAGAAAACACAGUAUGCCAAAGUGGAAGUGCAAUCAAAUCUAUUGUCAUAAUGGGAGAUAAGCUCUUCAGUUCCCACCAAGAUCAUAAAAUACGAGUAUGGAAAAUUGACAAUGAGACACCUAAUAGAAAUUACAAGUGCAUUGCCACCUUACCAACGAUCAACGAUCGUUGUAUGAAGCUAUUUUGGACAAGGAACUACGUACAAGUUCGAAGACACAAGAAAUGCACAUGGGUACAUCACGUAGACACGGUGUCAGCAUUAGCCUUAUCGAAAGAUGGCUCUCUGCUUUACUCUGCUUCAUGGGACAGAACAUUUAAGAUUUGGAGAAGUUCAGAUUUCAAGUGCCUAGAAUCAGUAUGGAAUGCACAUGAUGACGCGAUCAACUCAAUAGUUGUAUCGAAUAAUGGAGAUGUUUACACUGGUUCAGCUGACAAGAAGAUCAAAAUAUGGACUAAACAAGAAGAAGGGGGGUCUAAUAAACACACUCUUAUGACUGCACUAGAGAAGCAUAAAUCAGCAGUGAAUGCUUUGGCUCUUAGUAGAGAUGGUUGUGUUUUAUACUCUGGUGCUUGUGAUAGGUCUAUAAUUGUGUGGGAGAAAUUACAAGUGUUAGGGGCAUUAAGAGGACAUAAAAAAUCAAUUUUGUGUUUGGCUGUGGUGUCAAAUGAUUUGUUAUGUAGUGGAUCAGCUGAUAAAACAGUGAGAAUAUGGAAAAGAGGAUUUGGAAAAUUUUGUUAUUCAUGUUUGGCUGUGUUUGAAGGACAUAGAGGUCCAGUUAAGUGUUUGAAUGCAACUUUAGAUACUCAAAAGUAUGAUGAUAAUGAUUCUUGUUCUGGAAAUUCUUACAUCAUUUAUAGUGGUAGCUUGGAUUGUGAUGUUAAGGUUUGGAAACUUUGGGUUCCUAGCUAGGAUUCAUCUCUUUCAUAUGUACUAAUAGGAACAUAUUGUAAAUUCACUUAAUUUUCUGUGUCUCUUUUUAGUUAGAAAGUCCCACCAUGGCUAAAUGACAGAUAUUUCCUGUA